UCUCCAGUUUUUUGAACGACACUGUUGGUAAUAUGGCGGAGCAGCAAGUAGGAGACCUGCACCAGGAGGACACUGUCUCAACUUUCAAUUUUGAGAAUGACCAUGUUGAGGAUGUCGGCAAUGUCACUAUUGAUUUGCACUCCGGUGCUGAUUCAGCUCAAAAUUUUAGUACAACAACAUCCACUGAUGUAAAUCUUGAAACCUUUUCUGAACCAGUGGGUCCAAUUUCAACAACUGGAACAGCAGAGAGACACAUCUCAAUUCAACAGACUCUGACAGACUUGAAGAAUCUUAUAGAUAUUGAAGGAGCUGGUAAAAAAACCUGUCCUUUGUGUCCUGAAGAAAAGUUCAAACCCAACUAUAGUCACAAGCUGCGAAGGCAUUUGCAACAUCUGCAUUGGAAAGUGUCUAUAGAAUUUGAAGGUUACCGAAUGUGCAUCUGUCAUUUGUCCUGCCGACGCAUGAAAACCAACCUUAAUGGAGAACAGGUCCCAGUGAGGAUUGGAGCACAUUACCACUGCAUCGUCUGUUCAGCCACCAUUGCUCGUAGAACAGACAUGAUCAGCCACAUAACACGACACUUGAACAAAGGAGACACAGAAGCCAGCUUCACUGGAGCCACUAGUGGGCAAAUGCCAUCCACUCAAGUGAUGAAAGAAGUUGACACUGAUGUUCAUGUUUUUCCAAACCACAUGACUCCUCAAAAAACAGACUCUUUCUUUAACCCUAAAAUGAAACCUAACAGACAAUUAAUAUUCUGUACACUUGCUGUUCUGGCUCAAGAGCGCAAACUGCUUGAAUGUUUAGAUGCUUUUGGAGCUACAGGAAUCAUGGGAUUGCAGUGGGCCAAGCACCUUGGAGAUGCAGUAAAAGUCACCAUAAAUGACAUAAACGAGGGCUCUGUGAAGAUCAUACGAGAAAAUUGUCACCUAAACCGGAUGAAGGUGCUGACAGGUAGAAAAGAUGAGGAGGAGGAUGAAGAUGAUAUUGAAGAAACAGAGGAUACUUUGGGGACUAUUGAAGUCACUCAAAUGGAUGCCAAUGUACUCAUGCACUUGAGAGCUUUUGACUUCAUACACUUAGACCCAUUUGGAACGGCAAUAAACUACUUUGAUGCUGCUUUCAGAAAUGUGAGGAACCUUGGGAUUGUUUCUGUGACAUCCACGGACAUCAGCACAUUGUACUGCAAAGCCUUAAAUGUCACCAUGCGCCACUAUGGUUGUAACAUUGUCCGGACAGAGUACUAUAAAGAAGUUGCAGCCAGAAUGAUCAUUGCUUCUCUGGCAAGGGCUGCUGCACGCUGUAACAAGGGUAUUGAGGUUCUGUUUACUGUAGCUCUGGAGCACUUUGUUCUGGUGGUGGUGCGGGUGCUUCGAGGACCAACCCAAGCAGACGAAAGCUUGAAGAAAAUACGUCGCCUGAUCCAUUGUCAGUGGUGUGAAGAGCGGAUCUUCUACAAAAAGUGCCACAUGCUAGAAGAGAGUGCAUACCGUCAGCUGCCCUGUGACUGUCAUGGAAGUAUGCCAGGAAAGACCGCAGUGGAACUUGGACCAUUGUGGGCAGGGUCAUUGUUUAACACGGGCUUCUUGCGAAGAAUGUUGUUUGAAGCAGUUCAGCAUGGAAUUGAAGACAUCCAGCCUUUGCUAAAGAACCUGAUCUGUGAAUCUGAAUGCACAACCCUGAAGCACUAUUCAAUAUUUGGACCAGUGAGCCACAGCAGUCAAGAGGAAAGCGGGGUUGUUAUCAAAACCUUAGCCUCUCAUAAAUCUGGAGUUGAAGAUACAACCACUGCAAUGUACUCUGGUCAUGACAAACGGAAGGGUAAUGAUGUGUCUGGGAAUGCAGCAAAACGUCAGAAAGGAGAUAUUCCUGUGGAGCAUCCUCCCUUCUACUACAGCAUCCAUAGGCAUAGUAUUCGAGGAAUGAACAUCCCAAAGAUAAACAAAUUUCUACCUUAUCUCACGCAAGCUGGAUUUCGAGUCGGCCGUACACAUUUUGACCCAACGGGGAUCCGUACGGAUGCCACACUGGCACAGUUGAAAGCCAUCCUCAUGAAGUAUAGUGUGCCAACACACACAGAUAGUCAGCCUGGAGUUCAUGGUCAUACUUCAACAGAGCCUAUUUCAGAAUCUGUGCAAGAUUCCAUUCCAGAGCUACUUGAAGUCAAUCAGCCCACUGAAGAAGUGAAACCUGAGUCAGGAUAAAUCAAGUAUGAUCCUGCAUGAACCAAAUUGACUGUUGUACCCCUCUACCGAAGUACAAUUUGUAGUUUAUCACUAGAUUGUUAUAUCACUGAAGAGCUAACACUGGUGGUUCAUAUAUCGGUGUGCAUAAUACUCUGUAAAAUUGAUUUUAAGAUUGAUUUUAGCCUUUAUAUAAAAGAAUCUGUAGUAUAUUGUUCAUCAGUCAUGCACAACGAUUUGUCCAUGAUUUGUCUUGAUGCUGUCGAGUAGUAAACAUUAAAGAGAAUGUUUUCACUUCAUUUAUUUGACUUCAUUGGUCCUGGAAAUAAAGCAGUUAAGAACUUGUCCAGGUAUAUAAUACUUUUUGUUUUCUAAUUUUUAUUAAUAAGCAUUAAUUUUAAACCACUUACAAUUACACAAAAGAAAAUUCCAUCUGGAAUUUGAUGCUGUACUGCCUGUUGGUGCAAGCUCCACCACAGGGAUACUGUUUUAUGUUUGGAACUUGCAUCUAGUGUGUUGAAAGAAAAAGGAAGCCAGCUGAAACUGUAACCUGGUGAUAUUUUCUUUUCCCCUUGCCUGUAUUUACAAGUUUGCUGUAAAGCAGAAUUUGGUUCAGCAUCGAUCUUAGAACUUUCAUAUUGAGAGUUCUGUUCAAAUUGUAAUAGCCGGAGUAAUAUCUUUGUACAUUUGUGUUGAAUAUCAUUUUUGCAUCUAGUGUAGAUGUUCUUUAAUUUUGAUAAGUUCCGGGUGAGUGAGAUGCCAAAGCUUGGUUGCUGCCCCAGUUGGACUAAAUAUCGUGAAGUUUGAGAUAUUGAAUCAAUGAAUCCUUAACAUCUGUAGAUAAGGACUUACUGCUGAGAAUUCAUGUUUCUGUAUCUGUUUGUGUUAUGCAUUUCUUGUGUUAUGCAGUGAAUUAAAUAUCAGUUCUGGACUAAGA